GCUAGGCUUUUAAAGGGGCGGGCUGUGUGUUGUCUGACGAAUAAAAGCUGUAGCCUAUAGAUCAGUGCGAGGCUUUUUAACCGGGUACAACCAGCUAGGCUUAAAGGAAACAUUUCGUCUUAAAUAUAGAGCAAGAGGGUGCUACCGAGCGAUAAAGGUCUGAAAAGCUACGCAAACAUGAGCGACAAGGGGACAGUCUCACCGAAAGAGAAAGAAGCCACAGAGAAGAGAGGGCGUGGAAGACCCCGCAAGCAGCCCCAGGUAAAAGCCUCUGACGAACCAAGUGGGUCCCCUACUCCAAAGAGGCCCAGAGGACGGCCGAAGGGCAGCAAAAACAAGACAACCGGCAAGGGCAAAAAGGCAACAGCAGCCCCAUCUGCAGGGGGAAAACGCCGGGGAAGACCUAAGAAGGAGGAAAAGGAAGAAAAGGCAUCCCAGGAAUCAUCUGAGGAGGAAGAGGAAGAGGACCAGUAAUUCACAACGCAUGCUACCUCACUCAACAUACUGACUUACUGUUAACCAGAACUGGGCUGUAUCUCCAACGCCAGUGCCACCACAUGACCACUGCUCACGACAAAGCCCUCUUUUGCCAAAAGAGGGUUAACACAUAUAUCAUGCAACAGCACUGGAUAGAACGAUGGACUUGCUCAAGCAUAGAUCUAAGAAUUACAUGAAAGGUAACAGCCAGUUUCUCUACAUGUCAUGUUAUCACAAGUCUUUUAUACUGGACAAAAAGGUGUGCUCCGCGGAGCCUGGACAUUUCCUUUUUUUUCCUCCCCCCCCCUCCUAAAGAUGGUUUGUAGGACAUUUUCUCUGCUUAAUGUUACUUAUUUGUUGUACCCGCAUCUGAGAUGGUAGGGCAUAUAGAUUUUUCUCCAUGUUUUGUACUGGACAAAGGUGAAUUUUACCUAUACUUGCUUUUUUUUUUUUUUUUUUUUUGUUUUUGUUUUUUUUUUCUUUUGUUUGUUUUUGCUUUUGCGUGUUGUGUGGAGUGUGGAGUGGUUAACCUAUCCUUUGCAUUGUAUUCUAGAUGGAGUUGAGCUUCAGCAUUUAGGAUGAGAAUAGGUGACUGAUUGUAGAAGUAUCUUUUCCUAAUCUGCAUAACUGACUUCACUCCCUGAUUAGAGGAGAGCCAUCUUUACCCCGCUUCCUGUAGGACAGUUUAGCUUUUAGUGAUUCUUCUCAGACUUCCUUCCAGUUCUCUGCGUGUAGUGGGGAGAUGUAAAAGUGUAUCAUUAGUCAUCAGAAUAGAUCUGACUUACUGUUUUUUGUUCUCUUCGGGUUACAUACAUUUUAAAACAUGAGUGUGCUGCUUUUCAUGUUAUAAUAAAACUUUUUCAUGUGUUUUUUAAGGUUGGCAGAGUUCUAGGCUGAAAGUCAUCAGUGUCGUUUCUUCAGGGAGCUUUUACAAAUGCUGUUACAUUGGCGUCUUUGUCCUCACAUGGUCCUCAGUUUUCCAAGCGCUCACUCAAUCACUCGUAAGGCAAACUGCAAUUGGUCAAACAAGGAGUUUGAUUGUAAUAGUGGAUAGUUGGUGGCACUACUAUCCAACAGGGCUGUAUGUUUUUCAUUCCAUCUCGCUCUCACUGCUUCGCCUAGCUUGGUCCUCCUGUCUUCACUUAGUACGGUAAUAAUAAACUUUUUUCUUUGUCUUUUGAAGAUGUGUGUUGUAUGCUGUCUGCUACGGUAAAGAACUUUUGUGUAUUUCUAAGUGUCAGGGAACCCACAGUCACAGUCCACUUAACUGGGUUUUUCCACACACCUAAGCUGCUACAAUCUCAGUUACGAAACCCGGAAAACUGCAACCAGGCGAGACAAAAAAAAAAAUGCCUGGAAUUUCAUACCUCACUCAACGGCUUACUUUACCAUAUAAUUGCAUUUAACUAGUUUUCAGAAUUUUUUUUUUUUUCUCUUAAAUGUAACCUCUGGCAUGAGUUGGUAAAAUGUUUUGUGUAACUUUUAUAUAUAUAUAUUUUUUUUUCUUUUUUUUUUUUUUUUUUUUUUUUUCUCCUGACUGUAAUGAGGUAUCCAAUAUGUCAAGUGUGUGAUUGUGGCAACGCAACACUUCUUGGCUCAUUCAUAACCAGAGCUUGCAGACAGGUUUUUAAAUGUGUGAAGCAAGUCAGGGAGACCUGUCAGCUUGACGACUGUGUUCGCUGACUGUGGUAGAUUAGCAGGUGUGUUUUUAUCCUUUAAAAAAAAAAAUCUUCUGGUGCACUGAAAUAUUAGUUCAGAUUUUCAUGGACAAAUGUUUGUGUGUUUGUGAUGGACUGGGCGCUCUUUCCACUGUUCCGCGGGCCACUGUGUGUCUACCAGUGCUGCACGUGGCCAUCCUCACCAUACUUACAAGUCAUUUCAUGUCCUUUAUCAACUUCCUCCAACUACUCAAUAUGUCAUUUUACAUAGUAAUGUCAGUCAUCCGUUGAUUUAUAUACUGUAAACUCAACAGGAUGGGAUCAUUCUUUUUAAUGUACACGUAUAUAAAUGUACAAUGUCUAUAUUUCUAUGGUGCCCUACAACAAUUUGUAUCAGAAAAUGGUCAAUAAAGAGAAUUUUCUUUGUCAUUU